AUGAACGCGGAUACCAAAAAACUCAUAUCAAACCAGUAUGGUAGAGUGAAUGUACAACCCAUAGAAAGAUGUCGAGUGAACUUCUGCACAGAUAUGGAAAAAUCCGUCUUAAUGAGCAACUUUGAACGACGGGGCUGGAACCAAGUCGGACAAGACGAUGAGUGGAACUUCUACUGGGCGUCUACUCAGACCUGCCGAAACCUCUUCAGCGUCGAGAGCGGAUACCGAAUGAACGACAACCAAAUGAUUAACCACUUCCCCAACCACUACGAGCUAUCGCGGAAGGACUUGCUCGUAAAAAAUAUCAAAAGAUAUAGAAAAGAAUUAGAGAGGGAAUCGAGUCCGAUCGCCGAGAAGGCGGAAGUGGUACUCCCCGGUGGUCAAAUGGUCAAUAGAUACGUUCAUCUCGAUUUCAUCCCGGUUACUUUCGUUCUCCCAGCAGACUACAACAUGUUCGUCGAAGAAUAUCGAAAGUCGCCACAAAGUACGUGGAUUAUGAAGCCGUGUGGCAAAUCCCAGGGCACAGGAAUUUUCCUUAUAAACAAACUAUCGAAGUUAAAGAAAUGGUCUCGCGAGGCUAAGGCCCCAUUUCAUUCUCAACUGAGCAAGGAAAGCUACGUGAUAUCCCGUUACAUCGACAAUCCUUUACUUAUCGGCGGAAAAAAGUUCGAUCUUCGUUUAUAUGUAUUGGUAACAUCGUUUCGACCUUUGAAAGCCUAUUUAUUCCAAUUGGGGUUCUGUAGAUUCUGUACGGUCAAGUACGACACGAGUGUGACGGAACUGGAUAAUAUGUACGUACAUUUGACUAACGUUAGCGUGCAGAAACACGGCGGUGAUUACAACAAUAUACACGGUGGAAAAAUGAGUGUUGAAUAUUUGCGUUUAUUCUUGGAAGGUACGAGAGGUCGAGCGGUCACUGAAAAGUUAUUUGCGGCAAUGCAGUGGCUUAUCGUGCACUCUUUGAAAGCAGUUUCAUCAGUUAUGGCGAACGACAGACAUUGCUUUGAGUGCUACGGUUACGAUAUAAUCAUAGAUGACCAACUAAAACCGUGGCUUGUUGAAGUUAAUGCGUCCCCGUCUUUGACUUCCACCACUGUUAAUGACAGAAUUAUGAAGUACAAGCUAAUAGAUAAUAUUAUUUCUGUCGUGCUACCGCCAGAUGGCAUUCCUGAUGUUCGUUGGAAUAAAGUGCCAAGUCCGGAAGCCUUGGGUAACUUUGAUUUGCUCAUUGAUGAAGAAUUAUUGGAGAAAGAAGAGUCGGGUAGCGCUGGUCGAGCCUAUAAAGGUAAUAAGAAUAGAAGUUAA